UGAAGUAUUGGCAGGUUUUUGGAUUGAACACUAGAUAUUUCUGAUAUCAAAAAUCAAAAUUUGAGGUGCUCGACUUGCAACACAGAGAGCUCGGUUAUUAUUCUGAUCAUGGUCUCGGUAUUGGGUUUAGUGAUCGUGGUUUGUUUCCUUCAAGCGAAGGGAGAUGCGUGUGGAGUUUUGACCAUCAAUGAUGGUAAGGAUGACGGAGCUUCGCUUCUCAAGAAAACCAUCUCUGCGUUCAAACAAAAAUGCCGUGCUGGGUGUAUGGACUCAGCAAAUAAUUACCGCGCUUUGAAUGAAACAUGGCUGGAGGAGAGUUGUGAUGAGUGCUUUUGUACGACCGAUGGUCCAUCGUGCGCUGCUAUCGUGUGUGGGCUGAUACCAAUGCCAUUCAAUUGUGAUGCAGUGUGGGAUCAAUAUCAAUGUUGUGCCAUUGGCAUGGUUUGUCCGUUUAGAAGAUGAUGUGCCUGGAAUCCCGUGGUAUAGUUCCCGACCCUCGACAACGUCAACUUGUAUAGUACCAACUGGAGUUAUAUAUCACAACAUUAUUGGGUGAAAUUAUUUAUAAGUGUUAUUGGUGGUUCCCAUUUUCAACACUUGGUUUUAACGUUUUAACACACUUAUUUUAAAUGCCUACGAACCCUAAGUUGUUCUAGCUUGCCUAAGUAGUUUUAGCUUGAAGUUCUUGCUAUUUAAUGAGUGUGGUUUUUCUUAUACUUUGUGAACUUAUAAGAUGAAAACAAAAAUACG